UCGGCAACCCCCGAACUAGGACGACGACCGCCGUCGACGCGUCGCGCUCCUACCGCCGUGUGCUCGAAAUUAUUACUAUUACUGUUACUAUUUUUAUUAUUAUUUUUUUUUAUUAUUAUUAUUAUUAUUAUUAUUACUACUGUCUACUACUACCGCCGCGCCGCCGUCGUUGCAGUUAUUAUUACAGUUUGUUUGUUUGUUUGUUUCUUUAUUAAAUAUCUCGUCCGACCGAACACACGUCGAAUACAACGCACGUCGGGCACGUCACGCGCGCAAAAGUUGAUAACAACGCGUCGCGGACGGUAUCCCAUACGGGACGAGCGCACGCCGACUGAUGCCGAGAGGGGCGAGCGGGUCGUCCGCCAUGCACACGCAGUAGUAUACGGUCGCGCCUGAUAAUGCGAUAACACGCAACACACACAGUGUACGCGGAUCGUACGAUAAACUGUCGUUCACGCGAGCGCGCGCGAUCUCGUCGCCGAACCACCGAGAACGUGUAAAAUAAUAUAUAACCGUAGUAAAAAUAGUAUCGCGCGACGACAGAGCGAUAAUCGCAUAAUACCUAUACAUUAUUAUAUCGUGCCCUCGCCAGCCGCCGCGAUAUCGUACGCGCGGCCCGCCAGCGUUCCGAUUCGCGCCCCGCGGUCACCGCGUAGUCCGUCGUCGCAGGCGCGUGUACCCCGCAGUAGAGUACUAGUCGCGUGUCCCAGUCCGUCGUCCGCCGCCGUCUGGCCACGCGCCGAUCACAACUGUACUGCGUUAGGGGUUAUGGACGUGGCGGCGUCGGCCGCGGCGACCGAGACGACGACUGAUACGACCAACUCCCCCGCGGCAGCUGCUGCUACGGCGGACGUCGGCGUCACGACGAAACCGACGGAGGCGACGUUAACGACGACGACGGCGACGGCGAUCACGACGACGACGACGACGACGAUAGCGGACGCGGCGAACAUCUGUGAUUACAAUAACACGGCCGCGGUACGCCCGCCCGUGGUUCGCGUCCGAUAGUCGUCUUAAGAGGACGCGCCAGUGGGACCGUAGACACGGGAAACGUGAUCGCAGGUCAGUAAUUAUUUUAACGGUGUUACUGCGUUGUGCGUCGCGCGGAGUAGUCGACGUUGUUUAUUGUUGUUUUCCCGUCGUCUCGGAAGCAAAACGGAACAAUAACUCGAGCACAGAGUUCUACGGGAGAGACCCUUCGCCGCGAUCGUCGCAAGCCCGCCAACAAAAUAGGUCCAGCACGUAUAAUAGUCUGCUGCAAUAGCCACGAUACGACGUCGUAAUGCCGGAACAGAGCAACGACUACCGAGUGGUGGUUUUCGGGGCGGGUGGCGUGGGCAAAAGCUCGCUGGUGCUCCGGUUCGUCAAGGGCACGUUCCGGGAAUCGUAUAUACCGACCAUCGAGGACACGUACCGACAGGUGAUUAGCUGCAACAAGAACAUCUGCACGCUGCAGAUCACCGACACGACGGGGUCGCAUCAAUUCCCCGCCAUGCAACGGUUGUCCAUGUCCAAAGGCCACGCGUUCAUAUUAGUGUACUCGUGCACGUCCAGGCAGUCACUUGAGGAACUCCGGCCGAUAUGGCAGGUCAUCAAAGAGACUAAAGGUGCAUCGGAGCUUCCAUCAAUACCAAUCAUGUUGGUUGGUAAUAAGUGUGAUGAGAAUGACACUCGAGAGGUUUCAGCCGAAGAAGGUGAUGCUGAAGCUCGACGGUGGGGCUGUCAUUUCAUGGAGACGUCAGCCAAGACCAACCAUAAUGUCAAGGAGCUGUUUCAGGAGCUUCUCAAUCUGGAGAAGAAUAGGAACAUAUCGUUACAGCCAGAAAAAAAGUCCAUGCGCGGCCGUAAGAUACGAGAGAAGUGCGCACUCAUGUAGUAGUAUAUUAUUUACUACCAAGACACGCUCAUCGGACAUGGGGAUAUAGUUUUACAUAUGUAUUGUUUAUAUUUUAUAAAAUAACUUUCAUUUUGUUAAGUCAGAGUUCAUUGAGAAUUAAUAUAAAAUGUCACAACAAAGUUUAAAUUAUAAUAUUUAUUAGCGAGACUGAUAAGUGGCUGACAACACCAAUUUAUUUAGAUAAGUACUUUAGAGCGAUGUUAUAACACAAUAACGCCAUGGACAUUAUUGGGGGUGCAAAUAUAAAAAUGAAUUUCUGUUGUAUAUGUCAUAGACAUAUAUAGCUAGCAAAGAUAUAGCAUUUAGUAUUUAUUUUGUAUAUAAUAUUACUAUAAUAAUUACUAUAUCAGUCUGACAGGGAAUAUGAGUAUGGUGAAUACUUUUGUGAAAUCGUUUUUCACAGUACUAUAAAAUAAACAUUUGUUUGAGUAAUAAUGUAUGCAGUAUAGGUGUUUGAUUUGUGUAGUAAUUAUUUGAGAGAAACAGAAUUCAAUCUUAAAUUUUUUAAUUUUUAAUGUACAUCAUUUAUGUGUAAUGUUCAGCGUACAGAAUAUAAAUUAUAUUUCUUUUUUUAUCAUAAUUAAAUAUUAAUUAUUGUAACGAGUGUUAUAUACAGUUGUAGUGUAACAAAUUUUCCUGUAUAUAAUGCUCAAAAAGUACCAUAAAAAUAUUAAUUAUUUUAAUUUUUUAAUAUUUCUAGCCAAGUAAUAUU